AUGGGCUCUUUAAAGGCCUACAGCCACGCGCCAUUGCUUGAUGGCUACCAUGUCAACAAUUACGUCGAGACCCUCGAAGCCCUGCCUGCCAUUCAUGGCCUCAACGCCAUCCGACUGUUGACCAUUGAACCUGGCAAGCAAGGCGAACCACUUGUUGGCCAUUUGACGCGCCACUUUGCCGAUGAUUGUCCCAGUUACCUAGCUCUCUCCUACACCUGGAAAAAGGCGACGUUCACGCAGCCCAUCACAAUCAACGGCGCUCCAUUUCUCGUCACCGAAAAUGUCGAAAAGGCGUUAGACCACCUGCGCUACGAAGACAAGCCUCGUACUGUUUGGCUCGACUCGAUUUGCAUCGAUCAGCGCAAUGUUAUUGAGAAGAACUACCAGGUUCGCCUCAUGAACAAGAUUUACUUGCGCAGCGAGGCUGUCAUUUGCUGGGUCGGCGUUCCGGAGGAGGAUGAAGACGAACUCAAUCCAGGCGAGCAUAUGGACAUUGGGGCUGCUUUUGACCUUGCCCGCGCAAUUGAAGAGGCUGGAUCUGACGCCUAUCCUGAAGUUGUCGCCCGCCAUCCACCUGUCGCUCUUUUCACCCUCCUCAAGCUGACCGAACGCUCAUACUUUCGUCGACAGUGGGUCAUUCAGGAGGUCUGCCUCUCUGAAAGUGUGACCCUUCAAGUCGGUGAGCAUCAGCUGUCCUGGAGCGCAAUAGCCGCCGCCGCCGACGGCAUCGCCAAAUUCGGCCAGGACCACCGAGCAAGUCUUCUGUUCCCGGGUUCGAACCGCAUCUUCGACCUUUUCGGUAUCAGAGCCAUGAACUUUUGUCGCGAGCGCACCGAUCAUGGCGUUUUUGCCAACGACCUGAUUGACUUGCUGCGAACCUGUCGUGGCCGCGAGCUAACGGAUCCCCGCGACAUGAUUUACUCGCUGCUCGGUAUUUGCGGCCCUAAGAGCCAGGAUGUCGACAUUGAUUAUCGAAAGCCUGUCCACGCGCUUUAUCGCGAGGUGACGGCUGCCACCAUCUUGCGCACACGCGAUCUCGAUUUCCUGCGUCUCUCCGACCAUCGUUCCCGCGAUGAGGGGCUGCCUUCGUGGUCACCAAACUGGACUCACAUAUGGGCUGGAUCCUGGCAAAUCCGUUCGCUGCGGUUCAAAGGCUAUCCUCCCAAAGAACGCGGUGGCAUCGUUCCUGGUAGUGAUGAUGUCGUCUUCUCGGAAGAUCUACGUCGCCUCACAGUCAAAGGCGCUCAUCGCUACACCAUUGCCUAUGUGCAAGAUCCAUCGACCAUUCCCGAGGACCCAGACAGCUCCAUCACUGAUGCCGACUGUUACGCCCAGCUUGCUCGCGUCUUGAUACAGACCGAAUAUCUCGUCACCUAUCACCCGCGACCCGGUCAGUCCCGUGAAGAACGCCGCGUCGAAUUUGUCGGGUCCCUCCGUGCCGCCUUCACCGGCGGUCAGGAUGUCCGUUUCACCCCCGAACAGUGGACGACGUGGUACGGCGCCAUCGUGACCCGCACAACGGACGGGCUACCCACGGAGGAACGCGAGAUCUGGUCGCUCUACAACGCAAAACUGCUCAAGUGGCUCCACGAGGCGCAGUACUUCCUCACUGAUGCCGGCAUCCUCGGUGUCGCCGAACGCGUGACGGGCGUCCGCGUUGGUGACCCGAUUGUGUCGUUCAAGGGUGCGACGGAGGAUUCGCUGUUUGCGAUACGCAAAUUUUGUGAUCGGGGUGAUUAUGUACUGCUAAACGGAAUUUUCAUGGCCUUCACUGAGGAGGAGGAGAAGGCUCACGUGCAACUGGUUGAUGAUUUGAAUGACGGCAAGGUGAAGACGGAGAAGUAUGUCCUUGUUUGA